CUGUGAAGUCACUCAAACACGUGUCGCGUCACUGCAAACCGCUCGUGAAGUUGCGCGAGCUGCUGUCUGUCUGCUGGGUGAAAGAGAAAUGGAAGUAAUGGACAUUAUUUUUUUUAAUCACAGUAUAAUAUGAAAUGUUCUGGCAACAUGUGGUUACUUGAGCUUUCACAGAAAGCAUGACAGUUGUUUAUGCACAGACCCAUCAUUUUGGCCGAAAGGCAGAUCAGUUGGUUGCAAAGGAAAAGUUAUGCCAUAGUAAAGCAGCAGAGCUGUUGACAGAGGCCUGGUCAGUGACACAGAGUGAACAGGUACGACUGUCUUUAGAGCCGCAGAGGGACAGACAUCUCCAACAGCAGCGACUGAUCAAGAUGAGCCGCAAACACACUAGACCCUUGGUCAGCUCUUCAAAACACACCUCAGCCCCGAUAACAGCCCUCCAAAGUCCUCCACUCGGCUGGAAGGCUGCCAAAGACGACAAGACUCGGCUGGAAGAGCAGAGCACUGCCACCGCUGACCUGCGGGAGCUCGUGGUGGUUCUGCUGCUGGAGAACAAGCGGUUGCUGGAGGAGCAUGAGAAACUGAAGGCAGAGAAUGCUAGUCUGAAGAGAGAGCUGUAUGAGGAGCAUCAGAGCCCUCAGGCUUCUCUAGAUCAGCCUUUGCCGCUGGGCAUGAGGCUCCUGAACGUGCCUCCUAACCUCCAGCAGGAGAUCCAGCUGCUGCUGAAGACGGCAAAUGACAGCUAGACCUGCAUCCACCUACAGCACUGCUCAAAAGAUUGGAUAAUUACGACUUUUUUUUUUUUUGGCUAUUGUCUCAAUCUGAAGAAGAAAUGUUUCUUGGGCAUUAAAUUGGAAUAUUAGACUGAUUUCUGAAGG